CUUGAUUGUUGUUAUGUACCAUUGGUCCGCGGCAAUCCUCCAUCCUGCAUCGGAGAAUAACAACAAGAACAACCGUACCUGUUAGAUAUGAAUGCAAACGGAUGUCCAUCAGCAGCAGCGGCAACCCCCACGAGGCCAAAAACACCUGGGAGUGCCACGCAAGGACCAGUAGUGCUGGCUCCUCCAUCGGCUGUACCCGCUACAGCCCCAGCAGCAGCACCGGCUGUGUUCCAAACACCGUGCAGAAAGGAUAGCGCGCCACGCCGCUGCAGCAUCAGCAGCAGCAAAGGCAGCUGUAGCGUUAGGAAGAUGGCCAAUGGUGAACGGGCUAGCGUUGGGGAUGGCGAAGGGAGGGCGGAGCUGACGACGCCGGCGUGCCGAGGCGGCAGCUGCGCGAUUUGCCUUAGCCCACUGAAAAAGCCGUCCGGAGCUAAAAAGGAGGUUUACACCGUUCGGGUGUGCCAGCACAUGUUCCACCGGGUAUGUCUGGUGGAAAACCGACGAGCCGGCAACACGGGCUGCCCCUACUGCCGUGGCGACCUGGAGCGUGGCCUCACGCCGGAGGCCACCGCGGCGGAGAGGAAAGCGAGGGUCCUCGCGGCGCAGCAGCAGGACCAGAGGGAGGCGAUUAGGAACGCGGCCGGGCGGGCUCGCAUGGCGUUGGCGAGGAGCCUGAGGCUGCGUGAAGAAGCACUCGCACGCGAGGCGGCGACAGCAGCGGGAGCGGCUACCGCGGCCGAAGGGGGCGGAGACUCGACACUAGUCCAAAGCUACUGAUAGUUCCUUCGUCUUGUAUUUGAACAUUCCGGAACCAUAUGCGGUCAAGGAUAAGGAUAACUCAAAAUUGCCUUUGUAAAAAUAGCACCGGAUAGAAGGGUGGAUGCACUGAGGGACGUAUAGUUUCGGUGUGGAGCACAGAAGUGCCAUUGCCUUCACCGUCAGAGUUACCGACAACGAUAUGGGGCUGCAGUGUCGGGAAGAGGAGAGUUCGAUGCUUUGGGACAACAGUUGGCCGAACGAGGGGUCUUUUGAAGAGGAUCUCGCGUGUACACUUCAAAGCAGUGUCAAGGGGCGUAGGAGCGAGGGAGAAGUGGCAGCGCUCGCAGUCUUGUUGUCCAAUCUUGUAAUGGCAAUCUUGGUGUUUUGCAUUCGUUGGCUCAUCCAAAGGCGCGCGGCUUAAACCGUGCCGAGCCAGGUCACCUUGCGGUAGGAAAUAAGAUCAAAGUGGCGUGGGAGGUACACGGGCCUGCAGUAGGCUUGGCUACCGUUGCAAUUGUUCGCUUGUUCUGCACAGCGCAAGUUUUUGUUGCAAUGUAAGGAGUGCAUCGAACAAUAUGGACC